AUGGAUUCUGUAUUCAGUACCACCGAUGUGCCAAAUGACACCAUCAACUUUAAUGAAACGAGCACGAACGUGUUUGUGCAGCCGGUGUGGAGAAUCGUCCUCUGGACCAUCGCAUACAUGUGCAUUGUGGUCGUGUCCAUAGUAGGCAAUUUUACAGUGAUGUGGAUCAUCGUGGCGCACAAACGCAUGAGGACAGUCACCAACUAUUUUCUCCUGAACCUGGCGUUCGCCGAAGCCUCCAUGUCCGCCUUCAACACGGUCAUCAACUUCGUCUACGCGGUGCACAACGAGUGGUACUUCGGACAGAUCUACUGCCGCUUCCACAACUUCUUCCCCCUGGCUGCGGUGUUUGCCAGCAUCUACUCCAUGACUGCCAUCGCUCUGGACAGGUACAUGGCCAUCAUUCACCCUCUGCAGCAGCGCAUGUCGUCCACAGAGACCAAGGUGGUGGUGGCGGUGAUCUGGGUCCUGGCUCUGCUCCUGGCCUUCCCUCAGUACUACUACUCCAACACAGACCAGUUCCCCGACCGGGUGGUGUGCUACAUCGACUGGCCUAUCUACACUGUGUUUGACUUCAAAAGAUUGUAUCAUGUGUGUGUGGCCAUCCUGAUCUACUUCCUCCCACUGUUGGUGAUGGGCUGUGCUUACCUGGUGGUGGGACUGACGCUCUGGGCCAGCGAGAUCCCUGGAGACUCUUCUGAUCACUACAAGGAGCAGCUGACUGCCAAACGCAAGGUGGUGAAGAUGAUGAUCGUGGUGGUGUGUACGUUUGCCAUCUGCUGGCUGCCCUACCAUGUCUACUUCUUGCUGAACGAGUUCUUCCCCAGUUUGUUUGAAAACACCUUCAUGCAGCAGGUGUACCUGGCCAUCAUGUGGUUGGCCAUGAGCUCCACCAUGUACAACCCCAUCAUCUACUGCUGCCUCAAUGACAGGUUUCGUGCUGGAUUUAAACGGGCCUUCGCCUGCUGCCCCUGUGUUCCACGAGGCUCGUAUGAAGGCCUGGAGUUGAAGUCCACCCGCUACCUUCAGACCCAGACCAGCGUUUACAAGGCCAGUCGUAUGGAGAGCACCGUUUCCACCGUGCUUCACGUUGGGGACGAGGUGGAGCAGCCCAAGGUAAAGGCUUCAGGAGGGCUGGGGCCAGCUGGGGCUGAGGUCGGGGCCCGACCACAUACCUCAUCCCUGGACCUCACGUCAAACGGCUCAUCGUCCCACAGUGUCUCCAAAACUGUUUCGGAGACUUCCAGCUUCUACUCCACUAACAACCUACUGUAG